UGACGCUCGCUCGGCCUAGCUCCUCCAGGAUCCUACUGGGACAUUGCUUCGCACGUUCCGAGUGAAGACAGCUCUUGAGUGAAACGCAUGAGCUAGCUUAACCAUCGUCGCAUCAAAACAGUUUUCUUUUUACAGAACACCCGAUUUUUAAACACUGGACAGGAACAUCAGUAGGACGCAGCACUGAUGUAAAUACCACACUGCGACUUUUCCUGGGAAAAGAGACGCUGGAUCUAAGGAUGGCACUCUCGCACCUCCUCCUCACGUUGGUCGUCUCUCUCUGCCUGGCGCAGCUGGCACUCUCCGCUGGGAUUUUCGAACUCAAACUGCAAGAAAUCAUCAACAGCAACGCGUUCCGCGCCAGCGGCGCCUGCUGCAAGGCUGGCUCUGCGCCGUCCUCGUUCUGCGAGUGCCGGACCUUCUUCCGAGUGUGCCUCAAGCACUACCAGACGCAUAUCACGCCCGACUCGCCGUGCACCUUCGGCAGCGUCCUCACCCCGGUGCUGGGAUCCAACUCGUUUCGCGUCCACGACGUGCGCGGCUUCGCCAACCCGAUCGCCUUUCCCUUCAGCUUCACGUGGCCGGGAACCUUCUCGCUGAUCAUCGAGGCCUGGCACGCGGAGGCGUCCGAUAUGUCCACUGAGCACCCGGAGCGCCUCAUCAGCCGCCUGGCCACGCAGCGGCACCUGAGCGUGGGGGAGGACUGGUCCCAGGACACGCACGUGAGCCGGCACAGCGAGCUGCGCUACUCGUACCGCGUCGUGUGCGCCGAGCACUACUACGGCGAGGGCUGCUCCACCUACUGCCGCGCCAGGGACGACACCUUCGGUCACUUCUCGUGCGACGAGGCCGGGCAGAAGCUCUGCAUGCCGGGCUGGCGAGGACCCUACUGCUCAGAAGCUGUGUGCCUGCCGGGAUGCAGCGACUCCCACGGAUACUGCGACAGGCCCGGAGAGUGCAAGUGUCGCGUGGGCUGGCAGGGCCGCCACUGCGAGGAGUGCAUCCGCUACCCGGGCUGCGUGCACGGCACCUGCCAGCAGCCGUGGCAGUGCACCUGCAAGGAAGGAUGGGGCGGCCUCUUCUGCAACCAAGAUCUCAACUACUGCACGCACCACAAGCCGUGCCAGAACGGCGCCUCGUGCACCAACGUGGGCCAGGGCAGCUACAGCUGCACGUGCAAGCCGGGCUUCACUGGCACCAACUGCGAGCUCGAUACCAACGAGUGCGAGGGGAACCCGUGCCGCAACGGGGGCAGCUGCCUGGACCUGGAGAACGACUACACCUGUUCGUGCCCGCCGGGCUUCUACGGCAAGAACUGCGACCUGAGCGCCAUGACGUGCGCGGACGCCCCCUGCUUCAACGCGGGCAGCUGCCGCGACCGCCCCCAGGGCGGCUACUCGUGCACGUGUCCCGCCGGCUACACGGGCUUCAACUGCGAGAAGAAAGUGGACCAGUGCAGCAACAACCCCUGCGCGAACGGUGGGCAGUGCGAGGAGAGCGGCAGCUCGUACCUGUGCCGCUGCCGCGCGGGCUUCGCGGGCUCCCGGUGCGAGCGCAACGUGGACGACUGCGCGCGCCUGCCGUGCCUCAACGGCGGCACCUGCCACGACCGCGUCAACAGCUUCGCGUGCAGCUGCGCACCGGGCUUCACGGGCAGGGAGUGCGCCGUGGCCGUGAGCCCGUGCGCGCUCACGCCCUGCUUCAACGGGGGCACGUGCCUGCCCAAGCAAGGCGGAGGCGCGGCCUGCGAGUGUCCCCUGGGCUUCCUGGGCUCGCGGUGCGAGGAGAGCCUCAUGUCGCCGCCGCUCGCCGUCGAGAUGCCCGACGCCGAGAGGCAGGAGGCCGACUCGGGCUCCGUGUUCGUGCUGUGCGCCGCGCUGGCGCUCGUCUUCCUGCUGCUCAUCGCCGCCGUCCUCACGUUCCUGCUCCGACAGCUGCGCCUUCGCAUCUCUUCGACGACUCGCGCCCCGGACACGGAGACCAUGAACAACCUGAGCGACUGCCAGAAGGAGAAGGAGCUGGCCAUCAACGUGAUCGUCACGUCAGAGCUGAAGAACACCAACAAGCAGCUGGGCGCCGAGGGAGACUGCGGCGCCAGGAAAUCAAACUACAAAAUCAAAUACCAGGGCAUCGACUACAAGAGCAGCGUCUCGGAAGCCGCGAGCCGCCAGGCCGAGGCGGCGGAGAGCCAGGCGGCGGGGAAGAGCAAGCGGGCGAGCUUCGAGUCGGGCUGCACCGAGGCGUCUUCCUCCUCCUCCUCGUCAGCGCCGAACCACACGUCCGUGUACAUCAGCUCGAUCACGCAGAACGAGUGCAUCAUCGCGACGGAGGUGUGAAGAAGACGAAGAGACCGGGCGACGCCUGCCUCCGUGUGACGCCGCAGAGCGGCGCGCGAUGCGGGAUGAGCUCAUCGCGGUGCCAACGCAGACGCGGCCGCGGCGCGCGCUGUACACGAAAGCAUGGCUCCCCCAACACACACACACACCCGCGCCUCUCUAACUAUGGAAUUGAAUAAAUAUUUAUACAGAACGAGUGGGCAGUUCCCCUGGUGCAUUUGCACUAUCGUGAAGAGACUGCAGCUUCUCUGGAUCACUACUCUCAAAGCCAGGAGACGCUGCCCAUCACCGCUGUUCACCCGACACCAAACUUUCACGCGAGAAGUGCUCACGGCACUUGCCGGCCUGCGCCUUUGCUCAAUGUGACUUGGCCCUGCCGAGUUGUUUUGUUUGUACAAACCACGCGAAGAUGAAGACAAAAACGCCAACCCGCUACUCCAUGAGCGAGCAACGAUGAUGACAUUGAUGAUGAUGACAUUGAUGAUGAUGAUAUCGAUGAUGACGAUGUAAUUGUGAGAUCUGUCAUUAAUGCAGAGACAAAUGUCUUAAAGACGAUUGGAUAUUUGGGUAUAACUAUUUUGUCAGUUUAAUAAAAUAAUUGUAAUAUAUAUGUAUAUUUAUUUGUAAUAUUUAUGUAAAUGCAAAGUACUGAAGCUUUAUAAAAACAAAUAAAAAAUUACAAAUGUAAAUGUAAGUUAUUUAUUUUUGACUAUUUUUGAAAAGAAACUGUUUUUAAAAUAUUUCUUUUAUAGCUGCACGUGUUAGAUGUUUAAAUGCCUAUUUAAAUUAUGAAUAAAUAAAUGAAUAAACAAACAUUUAUGUGG